AUGGAGUCCUUGAGAGCAGUCGUGGCGUCGUUGCGAAGUCAAAUUGCUGUGCUCGAAGAUGCUCUUGCUGAGGCUAGGAGGAAGGAGAUGGGGGAUAUAAAGGGAAGAUUUGAAAUUGAAUAUGACGAGGAGGCUGAUGAUGGCAGUGGUAGAGGGGUCCAAACUUGCAUCUCGGGUAUAUCUGAUAAUGCUGGUUUCUACAUGGCUUGGACCCCUCGAAGCGAACCGGAUGAUCCGGUUGAUGGUUUUAAGAUCGAGCUCGAUGAGUUGGAGCUGUUAGCGAGGAAGGUGUGGGAAGGGUAUAUGGAUGUUCUGAAUGCUGCAAGGAAACCUCCGUAUGGUUACG